AUGACUCAUGGUAUUUACAUUAUUUUAAGGGAAAUAAGAGAUGAUGAUGACAUUGUAGCAACAUUGAAUUUAGCAAAAUUAAAUCAAUCUCAAGUAAAGAAAAUUUGUCAAGUCUUGGAAUACCAGCAUGGCGCUAGUGAUAUUAAAUUGUUAGAAUUGGAUGAUCACAUGCUAGAAACUCUUGAGCAAGGAAAAACUUUAUUUUUCAAAGGAGAAAAAAACGAUGCUGUACUUUUGUGUACUGACACUCGUACGUACAAAAUUGAAGAAGCUGAAACAUCGAAUUCUUUGUUACUAUGCCCAAAUUUAAAGUUUGCAAAAGAUCCUUCGUCUUUCAAGGGACCAGAGUAUGAAAAGUACAUUGAAAGAGAUACACUUUAUGAUUGGGAUAGACUUUUCAGCAGUAUUCAAGCGAGUGAAAAAGAAUUGAAACACGCGAUAACUCAAUUUUCUAUUUCAAUACUUGAUGGCUACUAUAGAUUAAUUUCAUUCGAAUUUGAAAGCAAAGCCCUGACACUGAUGCUAGAUUUUAUGGAAGAAAAUUCUUGGAAAAUAAAUUCAGUAAAUAAAGAAGAAACUUAUGAGGCUUUGCAAGAUUUAAUACCAAGACCAAUAUUUGAUACUAUUUUUGAUAAAUAUGCUGUAAAAAAUAGUGACGAUGAUUUGUAUACUUAUGAUGAGGAAAAUGUGUGCAGACGUUUGGCUGAAGUUUUACUGGCUAGCUCACCUGUUAAUGACUAUGAUCGGUUUAUGGAAGCUUGGAAAUUGGCAACUCCUGAUAGUAUUAAUCCGAAAUUAGAAUACUUAUAUGGUACUGCAGUUAUUGUGUGGAAUGCUGAAAAACAGAGAAAAGAUAUUGUAUCGUUUCCUGAAUCAAAACUUUCAAGCGACGUAGUAAAAAGAUUUAAAGAGUUGUUUGAAGUUAAAAAUAAAUGGACUGCUGAAGAAAUCAAGCCUUAUUUAUUUUGGUUUAAACGUUACUAUGUUGUGUGGAGUGACGGUAUGUAG